AGAUUUGGAAAAGAAGCCAAUCAUCACUCAGUUCCGGUGCUUGUGAUCCAAUCAGAGAAACAUCAGUGCGGUAGCAUGCUUGACAUAUCCUUAGCACAUGUGAAAGCUAAGAAGCUGAGCAUAGUUACACUUUCUUUAGUAGCAGAUCAGUUUAUACAUAUAAAUCUUUUUUAACAUGAAAAAGAAACAGAGGACUGCAGUGGAACCUGUAGAGAUGUUGCCCUCACCUUCCUCCCAUGAUGAGGAGGACAAAAACGAGGCUUCUGUUAAAGCCAAAAGAAGCAAACAAAUGGAGCCAGGGCAGGAGGAGGUGGUCUAUCAUCCUGUUAAACUGUCCCGUAAUGAUCUGUACAGACCUCCUACAGCAGAAGAACUGAGCCAGCUCAAAGAGGCUGAAAGCCUGUUUCACUGCAGCCUUCUCAAAAUGCAGAUGGAUGAACUUCUGAAAGAGGUUGCAUUGGGUGAACGCAAGAAACAGGAAAUCGAGUCAUACAUUCAGACUAUCACCAAACUGCUCCAGACUGUGCCUGAUUCCCCAGAAGUUGAGGUUAAUGACGUCACCUGGCUGUCCGGUGCAGUUAAGGUUCCCUUUCUCUUUGUGCCCAAAACAACAAAGGGCAAAUUCCACAUGGCUCCUCCAGCUUCCAUCGACUUAAUUGGAAGCUUUCCUCUGGGAACUUGCACCAAACCACACGUAAUGGUGGACCUGGCCGUCACAAUCCCAGCUGACGUCCUCCACCCAAAAGACGCCAUAAACCAAAGGUAUGCGAGGAAAAGGGCUCUCUACCUGGCAGGUCUCGCUCAGCACCUCAAGUCUUCAUCUGAAGUUGGGACCAUGCGUUAUUCCUGUCUCCAUGGAAACAGAUUGCGACCAGUCCUGCUCCUAAACCCUCCAGGUAAAGGCCCCCCUACCUUCAGUGUCUGCGUGCACGUCUGCCCCCCUCCUGGUUUCUUCAAGCCCGGUCGUUUCCAUCCCCAGAGGAAUAACAUCCGGACGGAGUGGUACACCGGCCUGCAGAGCUCCCAGUCUGGGGGAAGUGAACCUCCAACCCCACACUACAACAGCUCGGUUCUGGGGGAUUUACUGCCCAGGGCUCACCUCCAGUUUCUCUCCGCUGUCAGCACCCAGUGCCCUGCCUUCACCGAUGGGGUGGCUUUGCUGAAGGUGUGGCUCCAUCAGCGAAAUCUUGACCGGGGAACUGGUUGUUUUAAUGGUUUCCUGGCCUCUAUGCUGUUGGCUUAUCUGCUGAUCACGCACAGAAUCAGCAACACCAUGACAGCCUACCAGCUGCUUCGCAAUGGCUUGAACUUCUUGGACCUGACAGUUAACGGAAUCAGCCUUUCUAAGGAACCUGACUCAACAGCCCCUUCUCUGGCAGAGUUCCACGAUGCUUUCCAGCUGCAGCAUGAGGCCUCUGUGUCAAUGGAGUUCUGGGACAACCCCACGAUAGAUGGGUUCCACUGCCUCCUCAUGACUUCCAAGCCCAUGAUACGGACUAGUGAUCAUGUCUUUCAGCUAUGUGACCUGGUAAAACUUCAGGCCAGCUGUAAGAAGCAGAACCUGCUCGCUGAGCUCAUGGACCACAGUGGAAAUUAUGUCCAGACGGCACUCCCUUUUAUUUUGUCGCUCCUGGAGCAGGGACUCGGACAGAGGAUACACCUCCUCACCCACUCCCUCAGUCCUGACCCUGAGGUUUGGUCUGUGGAGAGUGAAGCACCAAAGUAUAAAGCUCAGCCUCCCUUGUCCUUCGGGGUGCUUUUAAGGCCAGAGCUGGCUUCGUCUGUCCUGGAACGAGGUCCACCUGCAGACAGCCCAAAGGCGGCUGAAUUUCGUCAGCUUUGGGGACCCCGCUCGGAGCUUCGCCGCUUCCAGGACGGUGCCAUCACCGAAGCUGUUCUGUGGGAAGGGAAGAGCAUGUGCCAGAAGCGACUGGUCCCCAAACAGAUCGUCACACAUUUGCUACAGCUGCAUGCGGACAUCCCCGAGUCCUGUGUGCGAUAUGUCGGGGCCAUGGUGGAUGAUGUCAUCAAAACGGGAAGUGAGGUUCCUAGCACUGGAGAGGAAGAGAGCUUAGUGGUGGUUCAGUCUUACGAUGAUCUCAGCAGAAAAUUGUGGAGACUGGAGAACCUGCCUCUCGCCAUCACUGCAGUACAAGGCGCCCACCCUGCACUGAGAUACACACAGGUUUUUCCCCCUCAACCACUGAAGCUGGAUUAUUCUUUCUUCGAGAGAGAAAAGGUGUUCAAAGCACUGGUGCCAAGAGAAGGCAAACCCUGCCCCGCUUAUAUCACUCCUAUCACAGUGAUCUGCCAUAUGGAGGGAAGUGGUAAGUGGCCAAACGACCGGGUCGCUAUCCGUCAUAUCCGAGCUGCCUUCCAUAUUCGACUGGCAGAGUUGCUCAAGAAGCAGCAUAAUUACACAAGCAGGGCUACUCCCGCACACGUGGAUGUCUGGAAGGAUGGCUUGGUGUUUCGAAUCCAGGUGGCCUAUCACAGAGAGCCUCUAGUGCUAAGGGAGAGUGUGAAUGCAGAGGGGAUGCUGGUGGUGAAGGACAACGAGGAGGCUCAGCUGCUGGAGAUGGCCACCAUUCACAAGCCUCUCCUAACCAGCACAUUGCACGGGCUCCAGCAGCAGCACCCAUGUUUUGGGGCAGUUUGUCGCCUGGCUAAGCGCUGGCUGGCGGCUCAGCUCCUCAGUGAUGACAUUACGGAGGACACCGCAGAUUUGCUGGUGGCAUCGCUUUUCCUGCACCCCGCUCCCUUUUCUGCCCCCUGUUCUCCUCAGGUGGGCUUCCUUCCCGCAGACUACACAGAGAUCAAGAAUAGCUUUAUGGCCUCCAGAGAGUCUCUGCCUGUCAUGUUUAUAGCAACGCCUAAAGACAAAAACCUCUCGAUGUGGACCAAACGAGCACCGAAUGUACAGAUGCUGCAGCGUGCGAUGACGGUGGCAGCGGAGAGUCUGAAGGUGCUGGAACAUCAGCUGACGGACAGCAGCCAGACACAAGACGUCAGGGUCAUCAUGCGUCCCCCGCUGGAUGCCUACGACGUUUUGAUUCACCUGAACCCGAAGCAGGUCCCGCUGCUCGGCCAGGCCGUGGAUCCUCCAGCUGUCACCUUCAGCAGGGGCGCCCUGACCGACGGUGCGGCCCAGUCCGGAGGGGCCCUGCCCGUCAUAGACUACAACCCCGUGAGCCUGUUCCUGACCGAGUUAAGAGAAGCUUUCGGAGACCUGGCCCUCUUCUUCUGUGAUCCAUAUGGAGGAAUGGUGAUUUCAGUUUUAUGGAAACCAAAGGCCUUUGCUCCAGCAGCCUUUAAGACGUCACACAUGUGUGCCCGGACUGUGAAGGUGACUGGGGCUGAAGCAAACACCGUUCCCAACGUGGAAGCGAUACUGGAAGACUUCCGGGUCAUGGGAAAGGGACUGGUCAAAUCAGUAGAGGCCAAAACCGAGAAGUGGUCAUUUUAGAAAGUCCAACCAUCAGCCUCAUUGUGGAUUGUUAGGACUGAGUGGCCACAGCAACAACUCUUUUCAGAAAGGGCUUACAGCUUCUUUGUGACUGUAGGUGUUAAUGUAUUCUCCUUUUAUUACUUUUGUUAUUGUUCACAACAUUUGCCGUUGUGUAAAAAAAAAAAAAAAAUGCUUCAAGGCUUUGUAGUUCUAAGUAUGUCUUCAAAGUACAGCUGAAAUUAGUGGGAAAAGCAAAUGGUGGGAAUUCUGAAUGUCUAACCAUAAAACUAAAGACUUAAACUGGAUUUAUGUCUCUUUUCUGUUGAUGUGAUGCAUUGUUACAAGUGUUCUGUGCAACAGUUUCUUUUUUUUGAGGAACUCCAAAGAAAGAAUGUCAUGCAGAGACUUGACAGCCAGACAUACUGACGGAUUACUAGUCACGGCAAUACCUUAUCACAGGGGUUCUAGUUCCUUGGAAUACUAUUGAUGGAGAUAAUAUCCAUGCCCUGAGGAUGUUCAUAUUUGAACAAGCCUGUAGAAAUUGUUUGUUCAGAGUCUAACUUUAAUGGGUAAAGUUAACCUUGCUUAGCAGAGCUGUGAAAUACAGCGAAAUUUAAUCUGAUCCUAUAGCAGUCUGCCUUUUAAAAUAUAUAUUAACUGUACCGCUCAAAGAAAUCCUGACUUGUAGAUCAUGUCAGAGCCUCAGGGCUCUGACUGCAAAUACUCUCCCUUUAGCUGGGCCCCCAUGAUAGACUAACGGAAUCUCAGAGGUAUGAACCCGUGUGCACUGUUUGAAGAGGUCAGCUAUGGUGUUGGGGAGAGGCCAUCAGGGGCCUUGAGCCUGAUCAGAAAUAUAAAUCCUUAAAUGCUCUAAGAGCCAAUCUGAGUGGAGUGGAGUCUCACGGUUUCUGAUGAAAGCAGUCCUCUGCAUCUGGAGCUGAUUUAUGUGCUUUUGGUUACAGCAGGUAAAAUGGUUUCUGCCUUUUUCAGGCGUGAUGUGGUGAAUUUGUGUGAAUUUAAAAGUUAACAUUGCAUAGGUUGAAUAUUUCCAGGUUAGUAAAAUUUAAAUAAAUGAAAUCUGGAUGUCAGCCCAGAACAUGGGAAUCUGCCUUUGUGUUGUCCUGGACAAAUAAAAUGUAGUCAUUGGCACAUGUCAAUUGUCUGUCACUGUCCAGAUUCUGGAGAACCUUGUGAGUAAACGUUGCUAAGUAUCUAUAUCACAUUUUAGUCAAGCUUAGAAACCAACCCAAAAAGUCAAAUGUCCAGAUACCAGGCAGAUUACAACAUACAGAAUCUUUUAUUCUUUGUUGAUAAAGAGAACAUUUUAAGGUAUUGUCGUGGAGAAUCUUCUUUUGUUUCUUUGUUAAAGCUACUGGUUGUUGAUACUUUAGGGAGAGUUGUUUCACAUGUCUGGAGACUGUGGUUUUAGUACCAGUAGGAAAUGCAACAAUUUCCUUAAUCCCAUCAAGGAUGAAUCUCCCAUUCCUGUGUUUAUCAUUGAAAUUGUACGACUGGCCUUUUGUGUUAUCCUCACACCUGAGAAGAUUCUCCUUUUGACCAAUCCACAUGGGCCCCCCUUCCUGUCUCCUAAGAAUAUGCAUAGCCCAGUCUUUUUGGAGAUUCUCCAUGGGACUUCCUGAGGACUGAA